GCCCCCCUCGCUCGGGCCCCGGCCCCGCGCCGCGCGCUCUUCACUUCUUGGGGGCUUUUUAAAACAGCGCCACUGGGGUCUUCUCCAUGCGGCUCGGGCUAUGACAGCCUCCGUGCUCCUCCACCCCCGCUGGAUCGAGCCCACCGUCAUGUUUCUCUACGACAACGGCGGCGGCUUGGUGGCCGACGACCUCAACAAGAACAUGGAAGGGGCGGCGGCGGCUGCAGCAGCGGCGGCAGCGGCGGCGGCGGCCGGGGCCGGGGGCGGGGGCUUCCCCCACCCAGCGGCGGCGGCGGCAGCGGCAGGGGGCAACUUCUCGGUGGCGGCAGCGGCCGCGGCCGCGGCGGCGGCGGCGGCCAACCAGUGCCGCAACCUGAUGGCGCACCCGGCGCCCUUGGCGCCAGGAGCCGCGUCCGCCUACAGCAGCGCCCCCGGCGAGGCGCCCCCGUCUGCUGCCGCCGCUGCUGCCGCCGCUGCCGCUGCCGCCGCCGCCGCCGCCGCCGCGUCGUCCUCAGGAGGGCCCGGCCCGGCGGGCCCGGCGGGCGCAGAGGCCGCCAAGCAAUGCAGUCCCUGCUCGGCAGCGGCGCAGAGCUCGUCGGGGCCCGCGGCGCUGCCCUAUGGCUACUUCGGCAGCGGCUACUACCCGUGCGCCCGCAUGGGCCCGCACCCCAACGCCAUCAAGUCGUGCGCGCAGCCCGCCUCGGCCGCCGCCGCCGCCGCCGCCUUCGCGGACAAGUACAUGGAUACCGCCGGCCCAGCGGCCGAGGAGUUCAGCUCCCGCGCUAAGGAGUUCGCCUUCUACCACCAGGGCUACGCAGCCGGGCCUUACCACCACCAUCAGCCCAUGCCUGGCUACCUGGAUAUGCCAGUGGUGCCUGGCCUCGGGGGCCCCGGCGAGUCGCGCCACGAGCCCCUGGGUCUUCCCAUGGAAAGCUACCAGCCCUGGGCGCUGCCCAACGGCUGGAACGGCCAAAUGUACUGCCCCAAAGAGCAGGCGCAGCCUCCCCACCUCUGGAAGUCCACUCUGCCUGACGUGGUCUCCCAUCCCUCGGAUGCCAGCUCUUAUAGGAGGGGGAGAAAGAAGCGCGUGCCUUAUACCAAAGUGCAAUUAAAAGAACUUGAACGGGAAUACGCCACGAACAAAUUCAUUACUAAGGACAAACGGAGGCGGAUAUCAGCCACGACGAAUCUCUCUGAGCGGCAGGUCACAAUCUGGUUCCAGAACAGGAGGGUUAAAGAGAAAAAAGUCAUCAACAAACUGAAAACCACUAGUUAAUGGAUUAAAAAUGGAACAAGAAGGCAACUUGAAGAAACGCUUCAGAACUUGUUGCUUUGCCCAGAUAAUGAUAAUAAUGCUUAAUAAUAAUUGAAGAAUGGGAAAGAGAAAGAGACAGACACUGGCAUUUUGCUCUCCUGAAGGAGAUCUCUUUCUCUUUAAUGGAAUCUACAACUGUUUUAAAACUUUAAGAAAGGUAAAGACUGCCAGUUCUUUCGCCAACCCCACCAGCCCAGCCCGUUAAAUGUCAAACGUCAACCCCCAAAAUACGCAAUUUCAGAUAAGUUACACAGUUACUGAAAUCUUGUAAGUAUUUAUGUGAUCGUUAUAUUUUAGGACACUGCGUUAGAUGGUAAUAAUCUGGAAGUUGGUUACAAAAGCAAGAGGCCAUUGUAAACAUCUGCUUGUCCUUCUUAGGUCGCCAUUCCCUUUGCAUGUUAAGCGUCUGCUCAGGUAAAUCUUAGUGAAAUUCCUACCGUUGUUGUAUGUUCUGCAAAACAUUUUAUGUAUAGAUUUAGAGGGGAAACGAGAAGGUACUGAAAUAAUAAUCUUGGAAUAUUUGCUGUGAAGGGAAAACGGGAGAGAAAACUCUUCUGAGGAUCAUUUGUCUUGGUAGUAUAGUAAAACCAACCAGCUGAACCUUUCAGGCUACAAGAGAAACCGAGUUGGUAAUGUCCUUUUCAGAAUAAUUUUUAAUUGCUUAUAACAAGCAUAUUUUGUGGCAUUUGGACUAUAUUUACUGCCCCAAUAUCCGUUAUUUUCCGAAGGAUUUGGUAUCUUUUUGAAAAUGUUUAAAUCAUCAGAAGAUCCGCAGAAUUCACUUUAUUUGAGAAAUCCCGAAAGUUUCCAUCCCAAUAUGAUGGACUUCGGUUUGAACACAAUUCGUUUUUUCAUUUGAAUUGGCAUUUCACAAUAUUUGCUAAACAUUUGCUGGAGAAAUCAUUUUUCUUUUUUCUUUUUUAGAAAACUCAAAAUGAAAAUUCAUUCCCCUGAAAUAUUUAGGCGUCUUCAUUCUAUAUUUUGAUCUAUUAAGAGAUUAGUAUUUUUCCAUGUUUAUUGUUUUAUCAGACUGCAUUAGAAAGAUUAGUGAUUCAUCUUCACAGCACAUUUUUAAGCAGUUAUUUCAACCAGCACAUUCGUUUUGUUCAUAUUCACUAUAGAAUGAUAUCUUGUAAAUAAAGACACUCAGCACACUGUGAAAAUGUAUUUGUGCACCUGCUUUUUAAAUAUUUCUACUAAAAAUGAAAAAAAAAAAAAAACCUUAGACCUGUUGAUAGUGAUGUAGUGGUAUUAAUUCUGUUAAUAAAAUAGUCACUGCCAUUAAAAUCUGCAGAAAAUACUCUUUUCUUUCCUAUGCUAAAUGUGCACUGCACAGAAAGAAAAGGAGCAGGUUUGUCUUAUAUAAACCAAGGACCAUUCUUUAUUAUUAUUCAGUACUUUUUUUUGCUACCAAAUUUUUAAGAAAAGGGAGAAACCCCUCAUAACUAAAAUCCUAAAAAAUGAUAAGUGCUUCAAGGAGUUUAAAGUGUCAGAUAUUCCAAAAGGGAGAGAAAAGAAAGGAGGAAGAGAUAGUAUGAAUUCCCAGGCUCCCUGUGGAAAAUGAAAACCAGUUGUUUUGUAUCAGCAAUGCCUAGGCUGUCGUAUUUUAAAAUCUGCUGUUGGGUCUGCAUGUGUCUGAGAGGGCAGGUUUUGAUAUCUGUUGAAAUGACAGGACUACGAAAGGCCUUAAACCUUGACCUUGACGAAAAAAGACAAUUUGUGACCUUGACUUUUGACAGCUCAUGAAUUGGCCUUAGCUGGAUUAGUAGAUCAAGGGCGCCACCUCGCGUUGUCAAGCCUCCUUGUAAUUUUUCAACCAAGGGAAUCAAGAGCUCUUACCUCCUUGACUUUAGAGAUUCAGUACUCAAUUAUUUGGCUCCGGAUGCAGCAAAUUUGAAUAUAUGUAAAUUAUACAUGUCCCUGUAUAUAUGUAAAUAUAUAUCAUAUGUGUACACAUGUAUACAUUUGCAUAUUAGUGCUUGUGUGUGCUUGUAUAUAUAUUUGUAGAAUCUGUACAGAUAUCGUAUCAUUAAUUGCUAAUGACCCAAGAUAUUGUAAUUUAAGGUGAUUCCUAGAGUUGAGGUACAAAAUGUACUUUACAAGAUGAAGCCUUGUUCCUUUUCUCUAAUGGCUAAGUUCGAUUUGUCUUCACAGUGGCUUUCUCUGCAUCAGAUUUCUGCAGAUCUGCUUUAAAGCUGUACAUUUUUGUUACAGUCAAAGAUGUGUUCUUAAAUCACCAUUCUUUCCUGGUCCUCACCCUCCAAUGUGGUCUCGAAUUCUAAUUAGAGCUACUGAGGAGUCUUUACAGCAAAUUAAGAUUCAGAUGCCUUGCUAAUUCUAGAGUUUUAGAGUUACGUUUCAGAAAUUCUAAGAAACCGCUCUUGAGAGGUCAAUAAAGAGGACUUAAUAUUUCAUAUCUACAAAAUGACCACAGGAUUGGAUACAGAUCUGAGUUAUCCUGGAUAACUCAGAGCUGAGUACUGCUCCAGGGUGGUGUGCAAUCUUAUAUUGAUGCUUGUGAAUCUGCCAUUUUAUUUGUAGGAUAAAUAAAUAUGUUUAAUAUUAACAACUUCCAUCAAAACUAUAAUAAUAAUAUAUCUGCUGUUGACCUCUAACAACAAUCAGGUGCUGUAUUCAGAGUCAUAAAGAAUACAUAAGUAUGUUUGUAUAUUUAAUACACACAUAGGAUAAUGUGUUUUUGUCAAAUCUAUGCUAUGCACAUAUGUAUUAAAAUGUUGGUGGAACCAGUAGCCGUGGGAUGCAGAAUUGUGAGAUGCAGGCUAAUUUUAUCUUUAUAUUAGAGGAAAGUAACAGUGAAUGGAAGAACCAGAUUCAACAUUUUAUGGAAAAUAUUAUUGAUUGGUUACAAAAGUGGUUGCCGGAAACCUCUCCAACCUCUCCUGAGGACUCACAGCUUCUUUAUAGAUGAGAAUUAUGGAAAGAGUCUCUAAAGCUGUCUCAAAAACAGGCUGGUGUUGAAACAUACAUAUCGAAAGGGCUUGAGAAAUUCAAUUAUAUUUUGCUGCCCUGAGGAUUUUCACUCCACUUGUGGAAACAAAUGAUAAUGUUGCUUCAGACCCACCUCUCCACCUCUUGUUCCAAACAGUACUCCAUUUCCAAAUGAGCUGCCAUCAAGCCAAAGUAACAACUUUCUCCCAAAAUGUUUAAAGUGGUGGAAAAUCCCCUCAAAGCUGGAUCAAACUGUGUGUUUAAGAACAGCUCCAAAAGGGACUCUUCUGUUGACGGGGGAUAUUUUUCUUUAGAUGUAAGAAAUAUUCUGAGCCUCGAGCCUAGGAAGGAGGCCAACAGCAGCUCUCCAGCCGGGAUACCGCCCCUUUCGAAAGCCAUCACCACUGCAGGAACCCUGGGUAAAGUAGUAGCCUUCUUUUUUUCUCUCUAGUUUUUGAAACUGUAAUGACAGAAGAUAUUUCAGGGUUGUUGUGGGGUUUUUUGCCCCCAGUUCUAAAACGGUCAUUGAUAGUAUCGAUCUUACCUAACUCUCCUUCUAUUUAAAAUUUCUAUGGAUCUACCAGAUAACCAGAGGUGGGCAUGGAUUAUUUAUGAUGGCUCCUUUAAUGCCCAAAUAGCAAUCAGUCCAAAACCUGAAAGAAAGGAAAAAAAAUGUCCAAGGAGAGACCAGCCACCUCCUGAAAAACAGGAAUAAUAGUAUCAGCCACUGAUCCAUGAAUAAUGUUGUUGAAAACCUGACUGAAGUAUUUUUUUCUAAAAAGAAAACUCUUCCUGAAUAAAAAAUAAUAAAAAUAGGACUU